AUGGAGAGUUUUCACUUUCCUCUGAGAAGCAUUCGUGCCACAUGGCUGAGCCUCAGCCCCGCCCCCUGGGUGAUGGAUCUCCUCCUCACCCUUCCCAGCGGGCUGGGGCUCUUCCUCCUGAUACUUCCCUGCCUUGGAAGUGAUCCUUCCUUACCACCACCUAGAAGAGAGAGAAACGUCAGGAAGGGAGAGGAAAGUGGGACCGUUCCCAGUCCCCGGCACUUUCUUGUCCCUCAGAAUCCAGCGGGGACCAGGGGAAGGCUCAGGAGCAGGAAGAAGAACCGCGCUCUGAAAGCCCGUGGAAACCGCCUGGGGGAACUGGAGGGAGUCGAGGACCUGGUCUCCCUUCAGCAGAGCCACCUGGGGAUGCCCCCUGACAAGGACAGCUUUCAUCGACUCUCACACAGAUACCCGCUAGGUGAGGUGUGCGAAAAAGCAGCCGCUGAAGCCCCCCGGCCACGCGGGGAGCACGUGGAAGACGCUGCUCUCAUUCUGUCCGCCUCGGCCUCCCCGGCUGCUCGGACUGAGUGUCCUCUGCCUCUGGCCUCCAGCCCUCUGCCAGCCCCGAUCACCCCAGUCUCUGGUGGUUCACACUCAUCCCCGACGGCCGCCCCACCCCCAGAGCCUUUGCCUCCCCUAGAAUGCUCCUCACCCAGGCCACGUGUGCUUUCCCUUCCCCCACCACUGCCCCCCAACUCCACCCUCUGUCUGCACCCUCUAGAAAGCUUCACAGCUCCAUACCUGCUGGACCCCAUCAUGACUCUCUCUCACUUUGACACAUACAAGUGUGUGUCGGCUUCACCCAUUCUGGCCAUCUCAGACCUCGGUCGUUCAAGCAGUCCCCUCUCUGCCCCCUCCUGGUGGCAGGUGGCUGCCAGAACCCGGUGCCUCUCCAUCUUGUCAGUUUGUAAGUCCCGGCAAGAACAUCUCUCCCGCCACCCACCCGAGGCCUCGUUCAGGAGAGACCCCAUAAACAGGCAGAUGGAGGCUGGCAGCCUCUUUUUGCUCAGCUCUGACGACCAGAAGCUCGUUAAGAUACAAGUCUCACAGACAGUGAAGAUCAAGAUUUGGCAGGAAAAGGAAAAAGAUGGCUCCUCUCCAGAGCAAAUGAGCCCGGAGCACCACCUGAGUGCUCUGUGGCAUGUGCUAAAGUUGCUGGGCGCUGAGCAGGACACCACAAGCCCCCAACCCUUCUGGCUCUUGGAAAACAAAUCAGAACAGCUGCCUGGACCUCCGAAAUUCCCAGAUCCCAACAUCUUUGGGGACCAUUUUCAGAAGAAAUAUGGCCAGCUUUUCUGGGGUCUUCCCGCCCUGCACGGCGAAUCCCUGGUGGCUACAGCCUGGGUCUCAGAGAGCUCUUCCCCAUUACAGCCUCCUUUCUUCUUAUUCCAUGGAAUCUCACAUUCCUGCCUAGUUCAAGUGCAGGCUAUGAUAUCCCCACUGCUUUCCCAGGCCCAGCCGCUGUCCCAUCCGGAGCCCCAAUCCAAGGCCUUGAUUCCAUUUAGGCCCCAAUUUCAGUCCUUGCCUGUGGCUCAGGCCCAAACCCAGAUCCAUCUCCAAUCCUCUUUCUCAAUCCUACCACGUCCUUCUCCACCCUGGUUUAAGGACUACGAUGUAUCUCAUCGUGUGUCUCAGAAUAAGCCACAAGCUCUGGUCCCAACGGAAACCCGACGCCCAGAGUGGCCCUUGUGGAGGAAGCAGCUAGAAAGUGGGGGAGCUUGGCCCUCUGGGGCCCAGAGAUCUCAGGGCCUGUUCGGCGUCACACCUGACCGUUCCCAGGAGAGCUUGACCUCCAUUCUUCCCGAAAACUUUCCAAUCAUCUCUGAGCUCUGGAAGGAACUAGAGCAGCACAUCCAAAAGUGGCUCGUUCAACACCGCUGCGACCUGGGAAGGAUCCAAGGGUCUCUGGAAAAGAUGCAGCUCCAGGACACAUUUGCACAGCCGUGUCAGGCAAAGGUCAAAGACAGACCCUUGCGGUCUUCUCUGUCUCGGGGUGAAAGCAGCAAGGAUGUACAGAGGGUGAAGUUCCAGCUAGAGAAGGACCCAGGCUCACACCUGGGGUACAUCCUGGGGAGAGCGCCGAAGGAUCUGUCCAGGGGCGUGGAAAGCUCCCCAGUGAAGGUUCUGGGACCAGACUCGGAAGAGUCCGAAAGGGACUUGGUGAGGCCCUCAAGGAGUGACUCCGGAGAGGAUUUACUGAGAAGCAUAGAGAAGGCGCAUCUACAAAGCCUCCUGAAAGUCCAUUUGGGCACGAAGGUGGGUCAUAUCAACCAGGGUUUGAUCCCUGUGAGAGUGCGUCGAUCCUGGCUUGCUGCCAACCAGGCUUUUUCCAGGUCUGACACCCACGUGGGGACCGGAAGCCUAGGACUCUCAAAAAGUGUGGAACCCUGUGUGAACACCUCCAGAGAGCUUCCCUUCCUCGAUGAGUGCACUCAGCAGAGGUUGGAAGCGCAUGUGGUAAGGUUCAGGGUGAGACACAGGUGGGGCUUACCCCUCAAGGUUCUCACGCCUGUAAAUCUCCUUCAGCUGGAAAAGGCUUCAUGCCCAUCCCUUCCGCGGCCAGCCUGCCGCUCCUCAGCCGGUUGUGAGUCUGGGGCCGACUCCACAGGGGAGGGUGCAAGGGUCCCGAGAGAAGCACCCGAC